AAGCUAUUUUUAACAAAUCCGGUUCGGUUUAACUGAAAUCAUGAAUAAGUUCGGUUUAAUUGAAAUCAUGCAUAAGUUCGGUUUAAGGAGGGGCCGUAGACACGGCAGAAAUGCGCUACGUUGUCAUCGUCUCCUCCAUUGAAAUCGAACCGGAUUGGUUUUGGCGAAUUUCGAAAUUGAAAUCCGGUUUGGUUAAUAAGGGUAAUUUUAGGAAUCAAAAAGGCUAAAUGACUUACGUGGAUUCGCUGCCCUCUCUUUCCAGGGAGAGAGACGAAACGAAGCAUCAAAUAAGGGAAAAACAAAAUAAAAAAAAAAAAAAAACUGGAGAGAAAAUCCGAGGGAAAACGCGAGAAAGUUUAUUAGUUUCUGCGAGAAUCUGCAGCUUUCCAGGGCAAUUAUUUUUUUUUGGUUUAAGCUGAAGGAAACUAACGUCUAUGCUAAUUGUUGGUGAUAUUUCGUCUGCAAACCUGAAUGUAGCCAUAAUCUUUUGUUUUUUACGUCGGGAGAGAGAGAGAAACGUUCGUGAUAGAUAUAUUUGUGUCUGAUUCAACAUUGGAUUCAUGGUGGAGAAACUUCCCGGGAAACACCUUCUGAUUGGGUUCUCAGGGAUUAUCUCUAAUGUUUCAAGGAUAAUCUAACCAGAUUUGGACGUAACAAUGGCUGCUUUGGGGUCGCUCGUCUGGGUAGAAGACACAGAUGAUGCCUGGAUAGAUGGAGAAGUUGUCGAAGCUAACGAUGAUGAUGUCAAAGUCAUCUGCCAAACCAAGACGGUUGUGGCAAAGGCAAAUGCUGUCUACCCCAAGGACCCUGAGUUUCCUGAACUUGGUGUCGAUGACAUGACCAAGCUUGCCUAUCUGCAUGAACCAGGGGUUCUUCUCAAUCUAAAGGCCCGGUACAAUGCAAAUGAAAUAUAUACAUACACAGGGAAUAUACUGAUAGCUGUAAAUCCCUUUAAAAGAUUACCACACCUAUACGGAAAUGAUAUAAUGGAACAAUAUAAAGGCUCGGAUUUUGGAGAGUUAAGCCCACAUCCUUUUGCUGUUGCUGAUUCUGCAUACAGAAAAAUGAUCAACGAGGGAGUAAGCCAGGCGAUCUUGGUGAGUGGAGAAAGCGGUGCUGGGAAGACAGAGAGCACAAAGAUGCUCAUGCAGUAUCUUGCAUUCAUGGGCGGAAAAGCUCAGAGUGAAGGACGCUCCGUAGAACAGCAAGUUUUGGAGUCAAAUCCAGUUUUAGAAGCUUUUGGUAAUGCCAAAACCGUCAAAAACAAUAAUUCAAGUCGUUUUGGUAAAUUUGUGGAGAUUCAAUUCAAUCAUAUGGGAAGAAUCUCAGGAGCUGCUAUUAGAACAUAUUUGCUUGAGAGGUCAAGAGUUUGCCAAGUUUCUGAUCCUGAAAGAAACUAUCAUUGCUUUUACAUGCUUUGCGCUGCGCCAGAACAGGAAAUUGAGCAGUACAAGUUGGGGGAACCAAGCACAUUUCACUACCUAAAUCAAUCGAAUUGCUAUUCGUUGAGUGCACUUGAUGAUGCCAAGGAGUAUCUAGCUACGAGGAAAGCUAUGGAUGUUGUUGGGAUUAGUUCUGAAGAGCAGGAUGCAAUCUUCCGGACAGUUGCUGCUAUCCUUCAUUUAGGAAACAUUGAGUUUGAAAAGGGAGAAGAAUCAGAUGCUGCAGAGCCUAAGGACGAUAAAUCCCGGUUCCAUCUGAAAGUGGCUGCUGAACUUUUCAUGUGUGAUGAGAAAGCUCUAGAAGACUCCUUGUGCAAAAGAGUGAUGGUGACUCGUGGUGAAAGCAUUACAAAGUCGCUUGAUCCUGGUAGUGCAGCUCUAAGCAGAGAUGCUCUUGCCAAGAUUGUCUAUUCUAAACUGUUUGAUUGGCUUGUGACUAAGAUCAAUAACUCCAUUGGACAAGACCCAAGUUCAGAAUACAUUAUUGGAGUCCUGGAUAUAUAUGGAUUCGAGAGUUUUAAGACAAACAGCUUUGAACAGUUUUGUAUAAACCUGACAAACGAGAAGCUGCAACAGCAUUUCAACCAGCAUGUGUUCAAAAUGGAGCAAGAAGAGUAUACUAAAGAAGAGAUUGACUGGAGUUACAUAGAGUUCAUUGAUAAUCAAGAUGUUCUCGAUCUUAUAGAAAAGAAACCUGGUGGGAUUAUUGCCCUUAUCGAUGAGGCUUGUAUGUUUCCAAAAUCAACACAUGAUACACUUGCGCAAAAGCUAUACCAGACAUUUAAUGGCCACAAGCGUUUCACCAAACCAAAAUUGGCUCGUACAGACUUUACCAUAUGCCAUUAUGCUGGUGAUGUCACUUAUCAGACUGAACUGUUUUUGGACAAGAACAAAGAUUACGUUGUUAGAGAACAUCAAGCUCUCAUGAACUCUUCAGACUGCUCCUUUGUCUCAUCUUUGUUUCCAAAAUUGCGAUUGGAAUCCUCCAACUCAUCAAAGUUCUCAUCAAUAGGCUCUCAAUUCAAGCAACAACUACAAUCUUUACUCGAGACGUUGAACACCACAGAGCCUCACUACAUACGCUGUGUUAAACCAAAUAACGUUCUUAAGCCAGAGAUUUUUGAGAACAUUAACGUUCUGCAUCAACUUAGGUGUGGGGGGGUCUUGGAAGCCAUUAGGAUUAGUUGUGCUGGAUAUCCUACUAGAAAGCCUUUCAGUGAAUUUUUAACUAGGUUCCGAAUUUUAUUCCCGGAGGCUGCAAACAAAAGCUUUGACGAAGUUGAUGCUUGCAAAAAGCUAUUAGCAAAAGUGGAGCUAAAAGGUUUUCAGAUAGGGAAGACAAAGGUGUUUCUUAGGGCAGGUCAGAUGGCAGAACUGGAUGCUCACCGUUCUGAAGCUCUUGGCCACUCAGCUAGGAUCAUACAGAGAAAAGUCCUAACUUAUCAAUCUCGUAAAAAAUAUAUGAUGUUGCAGUCUGCUUCAAGAGAUAUCCAAGCCUUUUGUAGAGGGCGCAUGGCGCGGCUUCAGUUUGAGUCCAUGAGAAGAGAAGCAGCUUCUCUGAGAAUUCAGAAGCAGGCGCGGACGUAUAUAUGUCAAACAGCCUAUAAAAAUUUGUGUAUUUCAGCUGUUUAUAUUCAGACUGAGUUGCGUGCAAUGGUUGCUCUAGUUGAACUUCAGUACAGGAAGAAGAGACAUGCGGCAAUUAUUAUUCAAGCAAGUUUUAAAACCUCAUUUUUUAUGACAAAUAAUUUUUCAUUCUUUUUGAGUAUCAAUAACAUGCAAAAGUUACUUAUUCCACAGAGUCAAAUCAGAAGAUGUCUGUGUCGUCGUCGGUAUUUAAGAAUGAAGAAAGCAGCUAUUACCACUCAGUGUGGCUGGAGAGUAAAAGUUGCACGCCGAGAAUUGCGGAAGCUUAAAAUGGCUGCUAAGGAAACAGGAGCCCUCCAAGAAACUAAUACUAAGUUAGAGAAGGAAUUAAAAGAACUCACUUCAAUCUUAGAGCUUGAGAAACAGAUGAGGAUGGAGCUUGAGGGAGCCAAAAAUCAAGAAGUGGAAGAAUUAAAAGCAGCUUUAAAUGAUAUGAAACUUCAGCUGGGGGAAACUCAAGAAACCAAAAGCGAAGAGAUCUUGAAGUUGCAGUCCGCUUUACAGGACAUGCAAUUAGAAUUUGAAGAACUUGCUAAGGAUCUAGAGAUGACGCAUGAUCUUGCCGCAGAAAAUGAAAAUCUCAAGGAGUUGGUGAGCUCAUUACAAAGGAAAACUGAUGAAUCCGAGACCAACUAUGAAGAAACAGGUAAGCAAAGUGAAAAACAAGAGGUUCCCGUCAUUGACAAUGAUGUCAUCAUAAAACUUGAAGCUGAAAAUCAACAACUAAAGGCGUUGGUCAGUUCAUUGGAGGAGAAAAUAGAUGCCUUAGACCGAAAACAUGACGAAACAAGCUCACACAUCACAGAGCAGUUGAAGGAGAGCGCUUCAUCUGAUUAUGAGAUUGUGAGUGAUCUUGCAGCUGAGAAUGAACGUCUCAAGGCACUGGUGAGUUCGUUAGAGAAGGAAAAGGAGGGUGCACACAUGAUUAAAGAAGAGAGUUCAACUGAGGAUAUUGAUAAUGAAAUGACCAAAAAACUUGCUGCUGAAAACAAAGAACUAUUUGAUCUGGUAGAUUUGUUGGAAAAGAAAAUAAUUGAAACAGAGAAUAAGUAUGAGGAAGCAAGUAGACUUUGUGAAGAGAGGCUUCAGAAGGUUGUAGACACAGAGAAUAAGUAUGAGGAAGCAAGUAAACUUUGCGAAGAGAGGCUUCAGCAGGUUGUAGAGGCAGAGACAAAACUAAUCGAGUUAAAAACAUCCAUGCAAAGGCUUGAGGAAAAGGUCUCUGACAUGGAGACAGAAGACAAGAUUCUCCGGCAGCAAGCACUAGCUCAUUCAGCUUCCCGGAAAAUGUCUUCUCAGAUGUCAUUUACAGGACCUCCGCCAAUGGAGAACGGACAUCAUGCAUCAUUGGCUCCUAUACCAUCAAGAAGGUUUGGGACAAUUUCUUUCAGGCGAUCUCGGAUUGAACGACAACCCCAUGAAUACGUUGACGUCCUUAUCAAGUUUGUUUCACAAAAGGUCGGAUUCAGCCAUGGGAAGCCUGUUGCGGCGUUCACAAUAUACAAAUGUCUCAUACACUGGAAAGUAUUCGAAGCAGAGAAGACCAGUAUCUUUGAUCGUAUGGUUCCUGUUUUUGGUUCUGCUAUUGAGAAUCCGGAAGACAAUGAUCAUUUGACCUAUUGGCUAACAAACACAUCUACGCUACUGUUCUUGCUUCAAAGAAGCUUGAAAAACCAUAGCACAAGCAGUGCAAGUCCGAGGUUACCUCCUCAGCCGACUUCAUUUUUUGGUAGGAUGACACAGGGUUUCCGUUCACCCUCUUCGGGAAGCCUUUCAGGAGACGUAGUGCAACAAGUAGAUGCUAAAGUUCCGGCUUUGCUUUUCAAGCAGCAGCUCACAGCUUACGUUGAAACGAUAUAUGGAAUAGUGCAAGAGAAUGUGAAGAGAGAAUUAGAGCCCGUGCUCUUGUCAUGCAUUCAGGGACUGAAAGAUUCAUCAAAUGAGCCCUCUUCAGAUGACUUACCAGCUCAGUCAUCUGAACAGAACUCACCAGCAAAGCCAUCUGAAGAUAAGAUUCCACCAGAAAAGCUGCCUGAAGGUAGUUCACCAGAAAAGCCGUCUGAAGAGGACCCACAUGCAAAGAUAUCUGAAGAGAAUACACCGGCAAAACCAUCAGCAGACAAUGCACCAGAGGAAACUUGGCAAGGCAUCAUAGAUCUAUUGAACCGGCUUCUCGGCACAUUGCAGAAAAACUACGUUCCUCUGUUUCUUGCUCAGAAGAUAUUCAGCCAAACAUUCCAAGGCAUCAACGUUCAAGUCUUUAACAGCCUCAUGCAACAAGAAUGCUGUACAUUCAACAUGGGCAAAAGGGUGGAUGCUUUCUUAAAUGAACUAGAGGCAUGGUGUAGCCUAGCAACUGAAGAGUUUGUAGGGUCUUCAUGGGAUGAACUCAAACACACAAGACAAGCAGUGGUGCUCCUGGUUACAGAACAAAAGUCGACAAUUACAUAUGAUGAUCUUACCACUAACCUCUGCCCGGCUCUUAGUACUCAGCAAUUGUAUAGAAUAUGUACCCUCUGCAAAAUUGAUGACGACAAGGAUCAGAAUGUAUCUCCGGACGUGAUUUCCAAUUUGAAACUUCUAAUUACAGAUGAAGACGAAGACAGCCGUUCGUUCUCGUUAGACAAUGAUUCCAGCAUCCCCUUUGCAGCCGAUGAGAUCUCCAACUGUAUGCAAGAAAAGGAAUUUACCAAUGUAAAGGCAGCGGUCGAACUCGCUGAUAACCCUAACUUCCACUUUCUAAAGGACUGAGACCUAUUUGGUCCGUUCUUCAUCUGACAACUGAAAUUGUACAGUAUUCCUUUACUCCCUCGCACAGAUUUACGCUACGUAGAAUCCUACAGGUUUCGUCAAUAGGGGUUUCAGAGGGCUGAUUUGAUUCUUACGUCUCUCCUGAUUUGAUUCUUACGUGUUCAUUCUCUUCAGGGAGGUUAGGUUAAAGCAGACAAUAUUUUACUUGUGUGGCAAGAAACAUCUCUAUGUACAACUAAUUUUUUGUAAUCGGUUUUUUAACCUUUUGUUA